CUGUCACUCUGUGGUGUUUCAAACAGGAAACACUCAGUGAAACUGUUCUCAGCACUCGAGUACUGAACAUGGAUCUGCUCAAACUGCUUUUAUUCACUUUAACUUUUUAUGAACCCAUUGUUGCUUUGGCUGCACUAAUUUGCCCAAAAGGUCACAGAGUCUCUGGUAGCACGUGUUCGAGCUGCCCUGAUGGAUUUUACCAGCCUGAAGAGAGUGAUUCACAGCACUGCAAAGCAUGUUCAAAGUGUAAUACGCAAAGGGGAAGUUAUGUUGUCCAGAAGUGCACAAAAGAGACGGACACAGUAUGUAAGUGCCAUGAAGGAUUCGUCCGCUCGGCGCGCGACCCGACAACCUGCAGGUGUGACAAAGGAUCCGGACUAACCGUCGAAGGUACAGAGAGGGAUCACACACCACUGCAUAGCAUAUAUGUCAAAGAAAGAAAAAAUCAAAAAUGUUCAGAAUGUCCCAAAGGAUAUUUCAGCACAACUAUCAACUCGCCCUGUCGAAAAUGGAAAACAUGUGCAGCAGGAGUGAGUAAAUCUGGAAGCACAACCUCAGAUGUCGUCUGUAACGAGCUGAGGAGCAACCCUGACAUCACUACACCCUCCACAUCAAACGGAGUGGUUUCUCUGCUCGUACGCAUCACAUCCGCCCGUCCACACGAGGCGGCCCACUCUCAGACGCUGCAGACCACCACAUCCACCACCACAGCUGCUCCACUUCACACAGCCGCCACAAAGGCUGCAAGGAACCCUCCGUCUUCAGACACAGGAACCUACAUCGGUACAGGUAUGACUCUGUUUGGAAUCAUUGGACUGCUUGUUCUGGCUGCUGUGACCUGCAAGCUGCACAUCAGGCCAACAACUCAACUAGCAUUACCAAAUAAUGACUCGUUGUGUCGGAGGCCGGUGGAGGAAAGCGGCAGCGACAGCCAGUCGUCGCUCAAACUGAAUUCAGGGGAGUCUGAAGACUGAAGCGACAUGAAGGGAAACUGUUUUGACUUUUUUCUAUACAUAAGAUCAUUGCCAUAUGAAUAAUUUCAGACUCAUAUUUUCCUCAUAUUGUUGGCUUUACUUUAGAAAAUACAUCAGAAAAACUAUUUAGCCUAGCAUAUCUGUUUAGCAGCAGGUAUAUUCACAAUAUGUAGUGUCAUCAAUAUUUGAUGUUUGUUUGUUCUGUGAAAUCAUGUGAGAGAUUAUUAUGAAUCAUUUCUCACUUUUUGUCUUUUAACUGCAAUUUAAUGCAAGUUUUAAUUUUUUUAAACUUUAAUUGAUCUUACUACUUCAGAUGCAGUACUUUUUGUGCAAGACCAUUUACUUAAAAAAAAUCUGUGUAACUAUAAUAUUUAUUACAAAUUCGGAUACACAGAUUUUUUAAAAUCAUAACCUCUGAAAACAUACUACUAAAUACCAUACAGUAUUUUAUAUUAAUAAUCCUUGUUAAUAUUGAUAAAAUGCACAUAUUACUUAUAUUCUGAUGCUUUUUUAAAGAUGUUUAUAUAUAUAUA